UAGAAUCUUUGGUUGUCUCUAAUCAAGAUGAAAUUACCUCCGUUUGUUUAUAUUGUAGUGUGCAAGUGAGGCGGUGGCUUUCAUCGACUCAGUAAGAAAACGGCAGUAGCCUAACAAGAAAGAAAGAAAAAAACAGUGUGGUCGAAUAUUCAGUGGACCUACAACUUGGUGGCGAUGAUCAGGAGGCUGUUGCUGUAACGUUAACUUAUGGGAGGAUCAUAACACCACUUUACAACAGUGUAGAUAUAACCUACCACAUUUGUCAAAAUACAGACAGAAUUUUGCUUGCAGAAUCUUAGCGAAUCACUGAUGCCAGCAUGGUAGCAAAAACAAGAAGACAGAAUGCAAAGGAUCAAACGCCACAAAGCAAUGGCAAAGAUCGGAGUCCGUUUGUGUCGCCUUCACAUGCCACUGGAAAAAGUAGACGCUCAGGAAAGGAUGGGAAAGGCAGUGCUGGCUUUAAUUUGCUUCAGUACAAAGGCGGAAUGUUUCCAGGAUUCGCUUUCAUCAGAAACAAAACGGGCCUGGGUCCAUCAGCUUUCAUGAAAAUUGGAAUCACCCUGGUCCUUGCUAUUGUCGCCGGAUUCAUUCACUGGUAUCAUCUGACACAUCUUUUUGAGAAUGAUAGACACUUUUCACAUCUGUCUGCUCUGGAGAAGGAAAUGGCAUUUAGGACCGAAAUGGGCCUGUACUAUUCAUACUAUAAGACUAUUAUUGAGGCACCCACCUUCCUGAAUGGCCUGUACAUGAUUAUGAAUGACCGCCUUACUGAAUAUCCGUUGAUUAUAAACACCCUCAAAAGAUUCAAUUUGUACCCAGAGGUGCUCUUAGCUUUCUGGUACAGAACAUAUACAGGGAUUAUGGAUUUUUUUGGCAUUCCAACAAAGAUGUGUUGGUCCAUCAACAGAGGAGAAGGACUUGACGCAGUGGAAAGUUGUGAAGGAAUGGGGGAUCCUGCUUCCUUUUAUGUCACUUUUGUCUUCCUUGUAAACGGUGCAAUGAUGAGUCUUUUCUUCAUCUAUGGGACAUAUCUGAGCGGUAGCCGAAUAGGUGGUGUUGUGACAGUGUUAUGCUUCUUCUUUAACCAUGGAGAGAGCACCCGUGUCAUGUGGACUCCUCCACUGAGGGAGAGCUUCUCUUACCCUUUCCUUGUCCUUCAAAUGCUGCUGCUCACUCACAUCCUCAGAGCACGAAAACCAAGCACAUUAGUCAUGGUGGCUCUGGGCAUCUCCAAUGUGCUCUUCAUGCUGCCCUGGCAGUUUGCCCAGUUUGUGUUACUGACUCAGGUGGCUUCCUUAUUUGCGUCAUACAUUCUUGGAUAUCUGACUCCUUCAAAGAUGCAGUCCCUGUUGGUCACACACAUGAUCUCCCUGGGGGUGUGCUUUGUCCUGAUGUUUGGGAACGCCAUGCUGUUGACCUCCUUCUAUGCCUCCUCGCUGGUCUCCAUCUGUGUCAUAGUAGCGAUGAGGGAGAAGUUUGCAGAGCUCUUCCAAACCAAACUCGUCUCGUGGAUCAUGCAAGGUCUUGCCUGGGUUGUUUCAACAGUCAUUCUGAAGUCUCUGCUGUCAGCCAUUUUUGGUGCCUCAGAUGAUGCUCACAUCAGUAGCUUGAUCAAGUCCAAGUUUACUAACUACAAGGACUUUGACACCAUGAUGUACACAUGUGCAGCCGAGUUUGACUUCAUGGAAAUUGAGACUCUCCUUCGAUACAUCAAGACACUCCUCCUCCCACUUAAUAUGCUGAUUGUGGCUAUCAUAGCUGGAAGGACUGUCCAGGAUGCCUUAAAGGUGCUGAGAGAAUAUGAGGGAGUAUCGGUCAAGGAGGAGCUGGCUGAAGAUGACUCUGACGAACCUCAAGUGUCUGCAAGAGGAGAGCUGGUGUACCAUGCGCUGCAGCUGGUGGCCUUUGCGGUGCUGGCUACGCUCAUCAUGCGCCUGAAGCUCUUCCUGACGCCUCACAUGUGCAUCAUGGCCUCUCUCAUCUGCUCCAGACAGCUGUUUGGCUGGGUAGGGGAGAGGUUUAAACUUCAGAUGGUGGCCUUUGCCAUCAUCUCCAUCAUGGCAGUGCAAGGGGCUGCCAACCUGCAGGGCCAGUGGGGCAUCAUGGGAGAGUUCAGCAAUCUCCCUCAAGAAGAGCUGCUGGACUGGGUCUCUUCCAAUACCGGACCAAAUGAUGUGUUUGCUGGUGCUAUGCCCACCAUGGCCAGUGUUAAGCUGUCGACCGGCCGGCCCAUUGUGAAUCAUCCCCACUAUGAAGACGCAGGGCUGAGGGCACGAACCAAGCAGGUGUACUCCAUGUACAGCCGUAAGCCGGCCGAGGAGGUGAAGGCCAACCUGAUGAAGCUGCAGGUGGACUAUUUUGUGCUGGAGGACUCCUGGUGCACCCGGCGCUCGCGAGAGCCUCCCCGAACAAGAUAUCGUGGCACCAAAGCCUUAGGCCAAUAUCCCAGGCCUGGCUGCAGCAUGCCUGAGAUCUGGGACUUGGAGGACCCCCAAAACGCUGGCAAGGUGCCGCUCUGCUCCAUCAUGGGCCGAGACACUCGUCCACACUUCACCACCGUCUUUCAAAACAGCAUUUACAAAGUGUUACGAGUUCCCAAAAGCAGCCAAAGAUAGUAGAUGUCAAUGGGGCAGGCCCGAUCGUAAAGGAGCUUUUAGUGCUUUGGUACAGCAUGUGUAUAUAUGAAUAUUUUUUAGAUCUGUGAGUUUUCACCAGGAACUGCUCUGUGAUGGGGCAUGUUUUAAAUACUUUGCUGGUGGUUAUAUGUAUUAUGAUGCUGCCUGAAAACCAGAUGGCAUAUUUAAAAUGUGAGGAUGCUUUUAUUUGAUUUUUCUCAGAGAUUUAUUUUAUUAUUCAUGUUGCUGCUCUUUUUCAUUUAUGCUCAGUGUAGUUUACUUGUAACCUAAUAGUAUUUCAAUAGAAGCACCCAUCAAAUGGACUGUUUCUGUGUCACCCAGAGUAUUGUUACAGAUAUGGAGGCAUCUCCAUUAUAAAGUAAUACUUAUUUGAGUGUUAACAUCUGCAAGCAUUUCUCAUCUCAUUAAAUUUACACAACUUAGACCACAGGAUUAUUGUCAUUGCAUUUUGUGUCUGUUAGACUAUUAAAGAAUAUAUUGUUUUCCAAUUCAGUAUUUUGGUUCCAUGCUGAGAAUUAUUUCCUUUUAUACAUUUUUUUUAAAUGAUAUUUUUGAAAUAUGAUUUUUGUGAUUUCAUGUCGUGUUCUUCAGCCUGUGACUUUUCUCCUCAAAAUGUUAUUUUACAGUCAGUGUUGAGCUCUGCUUUGAUCUUCACUGCCCAUGUUCAGUUACAGACAUAAGAAGUGGCCAGUGCAUGUUUGUCUUCCAUGUCAGUUAUCUCAAACAUUGUCUAAAUCCAAGAGGAACUCCCCUCAGUGAACCCUGAACAAGCAAAAGCACCAUCCAAUACAAACGGCCUAUUUGUGUGUGUGUGUGUGUGUGUGUGUGUUUACUUUUUCACUUUAUUUCAGACAAAGGGACUAGUGAGGAAUGCCAUUAGCAGUGGCGUCAUUACAGGGUCAUAGCAGAGAUGCAUAGAUGGGGGUUUGGUGUUGCCUGGCAUACAGGGCUUUUCAGUAAUCAUUUGUUUUUGCACCUUAUGGAUGCCAAUAUGGUUCGAUGUAAUGUUUAGCACUGUGAGGUUGGGACUGUUGUGGAGAGCCACAGAGCCAAAUUUAAUGGUUUUUAUAAAUAAUUCUGUUACAAAAUGUGUUGACCGUCGUAUUUUAUACGAGUCCUUGUAGAUUUCAUUGAAUAAAAUGAUUGCUUUUCUGA